GUCAGGCCGCCCAGCGCAGCAGCAGCGGUCUCAGGGAGCACUUGACUGAAACAACGAUGGCAAGCAUUGAGGAGAAUGCCGGCGGUGGGCCAGAUUUGGUGGACGAUGUGAUUCCUCAGACCUUCGCUGUGUUGGUGAGGAAGGACCUGAAGCGCACCUACGACAUGUUCGCCGGCAAUUGGGGUCUCAAGCCGCAAGAUGAACCCACAGCUGCCGCCGCCAAGCUCAAGAUCAAGAUGGCCGACGAAUACGACUGGCUGCCGGAGGUGCAGGGAGCCAGAAGGGGAGCUACCGAAGAGGGUGACGGUAGUGGCGGUGCCCCUGGGCAGGAGGGAGGCGGUGCGAAAGCAGCCAUCCCGUCAUCGACCAUCGGCAAGAUGAUUGACGACCUCAGCAGCAAGAGGAGCGAGGACUCCCGGCCCGCCAACACCAUGGACCUGGCGCUUUACCAAUCUGGUCAGCUGGCCACCCUCCCCGCGUCACGCCCAGGCGAGCAGGGCGGUCUCAACCAGCUGGCGAUUCGGAAGCAGCCGACGGCUCCCAAACCCGUGUGGCACCCGCCAUGGAAGCUGAUGCGCGUCAUCUCGGGUCACCAGGGGUGGGUGCGGUGUCUGGCGGUGGACCCCAGGAACGAGUGGUUUGCGUCGGGGUCCAACGACCGGCUGCUCAAGAUAUGGGACCUGGCCACCGGGACGCUCAAGCUGUCGCUCACGGGACACAUCAACAACAUCCGCGGGCUGGCUAUCUCCACUCGACACCCCUACCUCUUCUCCUGCGGAGAGGACAACCAAGGUCAGCACAGCCACCCCACCCAGAUGGCUGCAUGGAUCCUCAUGUGUGUGUGUGUGUUGUUUGGUUGUGUCAGUCAAGUGUUGGGAUUUGGAGCAGAACAAGGUGAUCCGCAGCUACCACGGCCACCUCAGUGGUGUGUACUGUCUGGCCAUCCACCCUUCCCUCGACAUCCUCUCCACCGGCGGGCGCGAUGCCGUCGUCCGCGUCUGGGACAUGCGCACCAAGCAGAGCAUCCACACACUCGGAGGUACGUACACAUCACAUCGAGUGGUCCAUCUGUCUGUCUGUCCGUCGAUGUGGCCUACGUGCGUGUGUGGUUGUGGUUUCGGUGUGUGGUUAAUGUCAUCCGUGCAGGCCAUACGGGCACCAUCACGUCGCUGAUAUCUCAGAACACGGAACCACAGAUCAUAUCGGGCUCCAUGGACCACCACGUUAGCACCACCACCACCCACAAAGCCCCUGAGCCAUGAUGAUGAUCCCUCACUGUGUGAUUGUAUAUGUAGGUUCGGUUGUGGGAUUUGGCGGCCGGUAAGAGCUCAGUGGUGUUGACGCAUCACAAGAAGAGCGUGCGGGCGAUGGCCAUGCACCCCGGCACCGAGUACACAUUCGCGUCAUGCGCUGCCGACAACAUCAAGGUGUGGAAGUGCCCAGAGGGCCGAUUUGAGCGCAAUAUACAGGUCAGUCAGUCAGGGUAGAGAGCAAGUCGAGACAGACGGCCAGCAGACCAUUCCUCACCAUGAUGUGAUGUGAUGUGUUGGUGGCUGUCUGUGUGUUGGUGGCUGUCUGUGUGUCAGGGUCACAAUGCCAUAGUGAACACGUGCUGCGUUCGUGACGGUGACAAUGGGGAGUCGGGCAUUCUCGUGGCCGGCACUGACAAUGGGUAAGUAGACACACCACACGCCAGCCACAGCAUGGGAUGCGCGGCUCUCAUGCAUUCUGUGUCUUUGUUCCUCAGGUGUUUAAAUUUCUGGGACUGGAAGUCGGGGUACAAAUUCCAAACCAGACAGGUCAGUGGGUGAGGGAGGGGGGGUGGGGGGGGUGGCCCAGUCCAUGGCUGGCGAGGCGAUAUAGGAUAUUUGUGCAUCGUCUUGUUUUUCCUCUGCGUGUAUGUGCAGAGCCAGGUGCAGCCCGGCUCGUUGGAGAGCGAGAACGGCAUCUUCGCGUCUGUCUUUGACCAAUCCUACUCGCGCCUCAUCACCGGCGAGUGCGACAAGACCAUCAAGGUACCUGUGUCGGCAAACACGGCAAGGCACUGCACACCCGCCAGCGGGCUGGUUAUGUGCAUGUGUGAUGGUCUGUGUGUGUGUCACCCACCAGAUAUGGAAGGAGGACGACGAGGCCACUCCAGAGACCCACCCAAUCACUUGGAAACCCAACAGGCCGUACUGACUGACUGGCAGCUGAGGGGCUGGCUGACUGAGUGAUCGGUGUCCGUGUACUCGAUGAAUGAGUGAUUUGAUGACCCUGACAGUGGUGGUUUCUCUAUCUAACAGCGCCGCUUGCACCUGACUUGAACAAAUAUAAAAUU